AUGAUCAUGCACACCGUGCAGCGCGUCCGGUUCGCCGAGGGCGGCCCGGAUGACGAGGUAAGCAUAGGGUGCUCCAGUGGUGGCGUCGGCGGCAGCGCGGAAGAAGAAGAAUUGUGGGUGAGCGUCGACGGGAAGCGCGCGGUGCAGGCGCGUUGGCCGCGGCUGAACUUCAGGGGGAACCAGACCAUGUUCGUGGACGGAGCGCCGGUGGACGUCAUGCGGGACCUGCACGGCUGGUGGUUCCGGGAGCCUCCGUACGGCAGCGCCAUGGUCAUGCUCCGGGCGCGCAGCGCGCUGCAGAGCCGGCUGUGGCUAGAGGAGGAGGAGGUCGCCACCGCCGUGCCGGGGUUCUCGCUCGUCCUCCAGGCCUUCCAGUCCCGCACUGAUGGGCUAUCAUUUGCCCCUGCCCAUUGA